AAAACCGAGUCGAAACCGAGCGGAAGUCUAUAAAAGGCUUUGAGCUGCUCGGUUUCUGUACAAUUUGCCAGUGACUACGAUAGUGAAAACGGUGAAAGGAGAACAGAGCGAAGCAGCACCGAACCAGAAGAAGUGCUCCCAUAUUGAGACAGUAAAUUGUGUGGUUGAUAAGGUGGAACCAUAGGGAGAAGGGACGCUGAGAGUGAGUGCCACGAGGAGUGGGAGGUUUAGUGUGGGGUGUCGAUCAACUGACACCCACGCAGAUGAAAAUUUUGCUUCCUACACAAACGGUAGCAACUAGAAGCGAAGAUAACGGUGUCACAGCAUAAGCUGGAAAAACUGGAAAAUUGAUUACAAUACAAAUCGAAGUGCAAUAGUGAAGUGGUAGAAUUGAAGGGAAGUGAAACUCUUCCUCACAAGUAAUCGAAUCUCAGUGGAUGAUAUCUCUGUAAAUAGCAUUGCCUUGGACCGUGGUUAAUAACUGUUUCAGUGUAAAGUUACAUCAGUGUUACGCAGUGUGCUCACAAUUCCUUGGAUAAAAAACUAACCAGGAUCUACAUACGUACUGGGUGUGCAAUCAACAAUCAUGCAAACCCUUCUGUUGCCGCUGUUCGGUCUGAUGGCCAUCGGCAGUGCCUCGCUGAGCUAUCCAGUAUUCGGCACCAAACGGUACACUCGAGCGAAUCUGCUUCCAGCCAACGACUAUGGAAGCUCUCUAACGAUGCCAGUGUAUUCACCCGUACCACAGUACUACGACAAUCAGCCGCAGUACAUGCCAAUGCCGUCGUAUUCGAUGGGACCAGCUGCGUCGGAUUACUACGACGAUAGCGGUUAUUACAAUAGCAAUUACUAUUAUGUCCCACCGGUGCAGCGGCGGCAUCAACGGUUCGACCGGUAUCCAUCGUACGGCCUUCCGACAUUCCAAGGCGAGUACAAACCCACCCCAUACUACUAUGCACACGCUCCCAGUUAUAGCUACUCGGAUGACCGUGAAUCCAACAACCCCCUGGAUGACCUUCACGAGGAGAUGCUCCAGGAAGACGAACGCGAACGUGCGCGAGACUUUAUGCCCGUCGGGCAGGAGCAGUGGUACGAAAGCCCCUCGCGGCAUCCCGCCGACAACGCCUUCCUCCGUAAUCUCAUCAUGUACAACAACCAGAUGAAUUCGCUUCGCAACAAGCAGUUCGAGUCCAAUGAGGACUACGAAGAGUACGAAGACACUGAGCCAGAAUACUACGAUACUCCGUACGCAGACAGUCGGAACUCGUACAGUGGCUACGUGAACCCGUACACGGGAAACAGUCCUAGCCAAGGCUCCAACACCAACAACCGUAACAUGCUGAACAAAAUCACCAGCCUCCGAAACAGUAUGGCCAAGAACGCCGUCGAAGACGAUGAAGAAGUUCAAGAGCUCAAAUCCCUCAUCCACCAGCAGAAGAACAGCCGACCCCAGCAGCAACAGCAGCAGCAACAACUCCUCCAACAACCCCAAUUCCCCGAACAGCAAACCCCAUCCCCCGUUCAAGACUUCAAACAGCACCAGCAACGGUCCCUAUCGAACGACUACCAGCAGUACCCCAGCAGCAGCGACAGCUGGCAACGGGACAGCCCCUCCUACAGCACCUACAGCGACUACGACAGCGAGAACGAGUACGACGACAGCUGGAGCCACUGGGACCGCAAACGCAACGUCCAGCCCAAGAAACUCAUCCUCCCGGUCGGAACGACCAGCAGCACGACAACGCACGCCCCCCUAACCACCACGACCACCACCGUCGCCCCCACGGAAAAGCCCAAGGUCGAAAUCGUCCAGGGUCGCAACGGACAGAAGGAGGUGGUUCUGCCACGGCCGGCCGCUCCGGUGCGCAAUCCGUUUGCUAAUAUGGCCGCAGGGGUGCAGCAGCAGCACACCGGCUUCCGAGCGGCGACAGCAACAGCGCCGGCAUCGACGAAAAACAAUGCGGUGGCGCUGCAAGGUGGGCAGGUGGCAUCUCCGGCGAUGCCGGUGUCCUCUUCCAACAACAGUGUGUACGACACGAUCAAGAAGAUCAUCAACAUGCAGCAGAACCUGCAGGACGCCGAUCUGAGCCACCAACUGGAAAGCCAGCGACACAAGGGAACCCGCGUCCACAAGCGGUUCGUCUCGACGGCCGAAUCCCUGGUGCAGCAACUGGACGGCCUCAAACGGACAGCGUAAAUAUAACCCGCCUAGCUACCCGGUAAAAAGAUGAUCCUAUAAUUUUCUCCAAAAAGUCGCUGCAAAAUCCUCUUCCAACUCCAGCUGUAAAUCCAACUUCCACUUCCGAUUUCGCAACACUGUCCCUUUUCCAACUCGCCCAAAAUCUCUUUGCACAUCGAUUCUCUGACGGCGCGGCAGUGCACCCAGUUAGCUCUGUACCUUUCGCUCCAAAUUAACGCGCGCCAUCCAAGUGAGCGACGGCCAACACAAAACAAGAUAGUUCAACUUAAUAAUUAUGGUAAUCGGAAGAAGAAAAUCAAUAGCAGUGGUGAUAGUAAUCAUGUAAAUGUGUGGUUCGUUCCAAGUUUUUCCUUUGCAAAUUUAGAAACCGAUCAAGCUAAAAAGUUACUGUAAUGAGGAGAGGAGGGUAAAUUAUCUCACACACACAUACUUACUGAGACACAAAAGAGAACACUGAUUGAGACUGAAUUUAUGUAAAUAGUUAUAAACAAUGAGUAUAAACACAAAGGUAUAUACAUAUAUAUUUACGAGGAUGACGACGAUGAGAGAUGGAAGACAGCAUUCAAAUUGAAACACAUUUGAAGUUUUUAAGCUAUAUUUAAGUCGAAACACUUUUUUCUUCGAUUUCAACCUAACACUCAUUCUCUCGCUAUCUCGUUCUAUCUCUCUCUUCAUACUGUAAGGAACCGUACUUUUUACUGUAAAUACCGUUUUUUCCUCGCGGAAUGCUCAUUGCCAAUCGACUUUCUGAGUUUGAGAUUCUUCCCUUACAAUAAUGCUGUUAGGUGAGAUCCACGGUGGAAGGUGACGCUCGCCGGCCCGCUCAGGCCGUUACGAGUUGGACAAUGUUUUUGUUGGAAAAAAUUGGCCGGAGCGGGGCUGUCGUGACCGUCGCCUUUGCCUGAACACAAAUUUUACGACGUAUAGGAGAUUGUGUAAUCGUGUCAAUUUUUAGCCAGAAACAGAAGUAGCUUUUUAUAUUUUACACUUUUGAGUCGUUCACUAAUACUAUAUGGAUUAUACACUGACAUGUGGGCGCGCGAUUGUCACCCGGUCGAGCCAGCUGUCACAUUGGCGCUUUUCAGGGUUUGAAUUGGUCGCAUUGGCAGCACUGUUUCCUCUCUGUACAAAUUGGGAGACAAACGUCGCGCCUACUGCUCCAACUUGCGCGUGGAACUGCUUCUCAGACGCUCACUUUUUCGAUCAUAAUUGUAAACAAUGCAAAGCAUAUAAACAAAACAAAACAAAAAACCUGUGUAUAAUCGUGUUUAAGAGGGAUAAUCAGACAGCGGACGGAGACGAAAGACCCUUCCAAUGGCAGCUAGCGCCCAAAUUUAAUCAUGAUUAAGAAGAUACAUGUGUGUGAGCACUCGGUAAUCAGUCCCCGUCGCGGUGCGGGCGUUUGAACGCCCCUCGUCGGGCGUUGAUUGUCAUGUCGAAUGUCAAUCACUUUUUGCAGUUCCGAUCUAUGAGAAAUAAAACAAAUAGAAACAGCAAAAAACUAGUUAAUAAAAAUAAAUGUGAAGGAAGGAGGAUGAUGGCAGAAGAGAUAUAAACACUAUUAACAUUAUCUAACUAUAUAGGGUAAUUGAACUGAUGUUUAGUAAUCGGUGGUGUAUCAGAACACUACCACACAGAACUAAAUAAGAGAGAACAAGAAACUAAUCAUAGCGUGACCCCUCGUUCGGAGCGAAAACCCGGCCGGGUUCGCAGCAUCUGUUAUCAAAGUUUAAUCCCACCGAGGGGUCCCACAACAGGAACUUGUAAAUAAGAAUCGAUCAUACCAAUCUGCAUUUUUUCAUGUUUUUCACUUUUUUCAACAUGGAGCCAUUCCUGUCCAAUCUAAUGUAAUGGUACAUGUACGCUUUUAAAUUUAAAUUUCACGAAAUGUAUCACAUUUCAUUGGUUUAUUUUCUACUAGAGUACACUCUCCUGCAGUCGCUAAUUUGACAGUUGACAGGUUUCUGUUUAUGUAAAGUAACCUUUGGUUUAUUUGUGGAAAAAUUUAUCAUUUCUCAUGAUAUUUUGACAGUUAUACCAUGAAUGAAAAAGGACUAAAAUGAUGACUGCCAUUGCUUGUUUAGAUAGAACUGUCAAAUUGACAUAUUAAUUUUCAAUUGACAGAAUAAUGAAUUGAUUCCUUUUCCAAGCUCAUUAUUUUAAGAGAUGAUUUUGUUUAUCUUAAUUUUUUUUUGUUACAAAUUUCUUAUUUUGUCUGGUAACGCGUUGAAAGCUGAUGCCAAUGCAUCAAUGGUUAUUAAAUUUUCUUCGUAGCCAAAGGGCAAACACGUGAAUUAGAUUUGACAGGAAUGGUUCUCCAUCAAAGCCCUAAACUUUCCUCAACCUUUGACAUUUUGUACCUCGUCGAGAGGCACAAAACAUUCCUAUCCCACGCUUGCACUGAUUAAUAUAAGCACAUCCCACACACACACUUUCACACUGACAGCUAGCAGCAGCGCACCGAAAUCGGACAAAGUUUCGGUUCAGAUUCUUACGCCGCCUGUCUCUGGAAUGGCAAUGAAGCAGAAUUGAAAUGCCAAUCUCAAACCCACGCUUGCAGAAGAAAAACGAUAGCCUCUGAACGCAAUUCCUUCGCAACCCAAAUUCUUCAGCCGCUUGCUUAUAAAAAAAAAUAAUGGCAGAGUUCAAACCCUCACUAGAAUAAACCACUCAAUCAUAAAAGAAAAACAUAACAUUACGAGAGCAAGGACUGCAUGUAGGACAAAGUAGCACUAUAUAACUGUUGUUUUUUGUUCUUAAAAAGCUCACAAGCUACACGAGAAAAGGACUGCAAAAAGCUAGUUAUCAAAAAAAUUUACACUCACCACCGCCAAAUGAUUGCUUCGCCUCCCUAUUGAAGCACCCCUCGUCGAACGCCUACUAUGAUGCUUCGCCACACAUACGUCACACGCACUCCCACUUGCCCACGCUUCUGCUGCUGAGAGUCAUCCCAUUUGGAGCGUGAUUGGAGCAAACUGAAAACUCUGCAGAGCAGAGAGAUAGUACUUUCGCUCGGAAAAUUUUCGACCUAACCCCAAACCGAGCAACAACGGACCAAGAACAUAAAAAAUGUAUGCUCCUUGCGAUGACGUCAAUCGGUGGUGGCGGCGUCACGUCUCGCUUGUUGAGUUUCCUAUCCACACUCGUUCAUCCCCUCUCUUCAUACGCCGCGUCGAACAACUUCCCGGUAGCCACUAAUUAGCUCAAUUUUCGAAUAUUCGAAACCGAUUUAGAAGAUUGCAUAGGCUUUUGCCCUGUCGCCUCUAAUGAGUAUUGAGGCGUGAUUGGGUUCUCACGAAACGAGCUGCAAACAACGUGGAAAUUUCCCUGACUGGUAAAACUCACGUCACGCCAUCCUGGAUGGCGAAACAAGAGUGCGGAACAGCCGGAACAGGAAAUUUAUUAAUCCAUCAGGAGCUGUUCCAGUAACUGUUGAUUACCGUUGAUCGUAUGGGUGAUUAAUGCGAAGAGAC